AUGAGCAAAGAAGAAAUUAAAAAAUUAUUCAAACAAUUUGAUAAUGGUAAUGGUCAUUUGUCCUUAGCAGAACUUGAUCGAGCUAUUGUUAAUUUUUAUCCACAACUUGGUACAAAUAAAAAAGCUAUUAUGCGAGCAUAUAAAGCAGCUGAUACAAGCGGAAAUGGUUUUGUUGAAUUAAGAGAAUUCGAAAAGAUUGUUGAACUACUUAAUCAUUAUAAUAAAUUAAGCCAAUUAUUCGAGGAACUAGAUACUAAUGAUGAUCAUCGUAUUAGUUUUAGUGAAUUUAAAAGAGGUUUCGUAUUAAUAGGUGAAGAUGAUUCAGAUGAAGGUUAUUUAAGACAAGAAUUCAAUAAAAUUGAUACUAACAAAGGUGGCUUUAUUUUAUUUGAUGAAUUCUGUAUGUAUAUGGCAAAUAGAAAAUUGUAA